UUUGUCAUUUUUCUUUUUCUUAAAAAAAAAUAAAUAAAUAAACUGAUGAGAUUAGAUCUAGCAGUCUACACACUUAAGUCUGUACAUAUAUUUUAUCCAAACAUCGAUUUCAACCAUAAACCGAGCUUACUAUCUUGCUGUAUCAAUGGCGAAAAGGUUGGAAGGCAAGGUAGCGAUCAUCACCGGGGGCGCCAGCGGCAUCGGCGAGUGCGCCGCGUGGCUCUUUGUUCGGCAUGGCGCCAAAGUCGUCGUGGCGGAUGUGCAGGACGACCUCGGGAGGGCUCUGUGCCGGAGCAUCGGGUCCCCCGAGGUCAUCUCAUACGUCCACUGCGACGUGGCGAGCGAGGCCGACGUCGCGGGCGCGGUCGACUUCGCCGUCUCCGAGUACGGAAGGCUCGACAUAAUGUUCUCCAACGCCGCCGUCCCGGGCAAGGGCAAGGCUGGGAUCCUCGCCGCCGACUACGAGGAUGUGAAGAGGGUGUUCGACGUCAACGUCUUUGGCGCGUUCAUGUGCGCGAAGCACGCGGCGAGGGUGAUGAUCCCGGCGGCGAGGGGGAGCAUCGUGUUCACCUCGAGCGUUGCCUCUGUCACCCACGGCGAUGUGCCUCACGCCUACGUGGUGUCGAAGCACGCGCUCGUGGGGCUGAUGAAGAACCUUUGCAUCGAGAUGGGGGCUCACGGGAUACGCGUGAACUGCGUAUCCCCAUUCGGAGUCCCCACCCCGAUGCUCAUUGGCGCGCUCCGGAUGACAAAGAAGGCGGAGGCGGAGGAGUUGGUGUCGGAGAUUGCGAAUUUGAAGGGGGCAGUGGUCGGAGUUGAUGACGUGGCGGAGGCGGCAUUGUUCUUGGCUAGCGAUGAGGCUAAGUAUAUAAGUGGGCAGAAUAUUGUGAUAGAUGGAGGUUAUAGCUUGACCAAUAUUGCAUUGCGUGAGGGUAUCAAAAAUUUGAAUAUUUCUUCAUGAUGAUUUCACUGAGAUUUGGUAUUGUGAUUCGUGUGUUUAUUUUGUUUGUGGCUGUAAUAAAAGCAUUGUCGUCUUUCUAGCUAGUUUUUACGGUAAGGUUUUUGAACCUCAAAAUUGUACUGGUAUUUUGCUUUUUCCAGUUGUGGUAAUAGUAUGUUAUUGUCAACGCCUUCAGUGAAUGAAAUACUACUAGUUUUGUGGUCAA